CCCGGUUCGACUUGCUUCUUGCAAAUUAGUGCUGUGUGUCCUAUUGGCGGAACAAAGCCGGCGAAUUUGAUUUUCUUUAUAUAUAUUUUUUUCAGUGGGCCUUUUGUUACUUAACAUGAGCGGAGGAGUAUAUGGGGGAGAUGAGGUGGGUGCUAUUGUGUUGGAUUUUGGUGGCUACUCAAUAAGAGCUGGUUAUGCAGGGGAAGAUACGCCAAAGGCUGAGAUCCCCUCCAGCGUAGGGGUGUUGGAGGAAGCAGAGGCAGUCAUGGAAACAGAUGAAAUUAAGAAAGAUGGUGGCAGGAAGUACUUCAUUGACACCAACUCUCUUCGGGUGCCGCGAAAGGGGAUGGAAGUUCAGGCUUUUCUGAAGGAUGGAAUGAUUGACAACUGGGACAUCUUUGAGAGUGUCCUUGACUACACGUACAAGCGUCACAUCCAGUCUGAGUCCCAGGAACACCCUGUCAUGAUGUCAGAGGCAUCGUGGAACAGCAGAGCCAAGAGGGAAAGACUUACAGAGAUCAUGUUUGAAAAAUACAAUGUGCCAGCAUUCUUCCUGUGUAAAAAUGCAGUUCUGUCAGCGUUUGCCAAUGGCCGCUCUACCGGUCUUGUAGUGGACAGUGGAGCCACGUACACCACUGCUGUACCAGUCUAUGAUGGUUACGUCCUGGGUCAGGCCAUUGUGAAAUCUCCACUAGCAGGGGACUUCAUUAGUCUAGAGUGUCGCAAACUUAUGGAGGAACUCAACAUUGAUGUUAUACCCCCCUAUAUGAUUGCCUCCAAGGAGCCUGUGAAUGAGAACCAGGCUCCAAAGUGGAAGAAGAAGGAGAUACCAGAGGUCACUUCAAGCUUCCAUAACUACAUGGUCAAGGAUGUGCUUCAAGACUUCGCUGCAUCUGUCCUCCAAGUGUCUGAUGUACCUUAUGAAGAAAGCGGUGCUGAGUCAAUGCCAUGCACCCCUUACGAGUUCCCCAAUGGUUUCCACAGAGACUUUGCGGAAGACCGCAUCAAGAUUCCAGAGAUGCUCUUCGAUCCUUCACAGAUCAAGGAUGUUCCCAGCAACUCCAUGUUAAGUGUGGGACAUGUAAUCACUACAAGCGUUGGCAUGUGUGACAUUGACAUCAGACCUAGUUUGUACAGCAGCUUGAUAGUGGUGGGCGGCAACUCAUUGCUGAACGGCUUCUCAGACAGACUCAACCGGGACCUUAGCAACAAACUAACAGCGAACAUGCGAUUGAAGCUGAUAUCAGCCACUGGUACCUCAGAGAGACGGUUCAGUACCUGGAUUGGGGGCUCAAUCCUCGCAUCUCUGGGUUCUUUCCAACAAAUGUGGAUUUCCAAGCAGGAAUAUGACGAAGGUGGAAAAAGCUGUGUGGAGAAGAAAUGUCCUUGAGGGGAUCUGAUUGAGACAUCACUAAAUGCAUGCUUGUAGAUGUUGUGGAGUGUUUGACAUGAAACUUUUUGAAUUGCGUUGUGAGAAAACGGGGUUUAAUGCAUGUGUGCAAAGUGUUGUCCCAGAUUCGCCUGUGCAGUCCGCACAGGUGAGUCAGGGAUGACACUUUCUGCCAAAACUAGAUUUUCAAGUAGUCUUCUUUAAACAAAAAAUGCAAAAAAAAGCAAAAAGGGUCGUCCCUAAUUAGCCUGUGUACACUGCAAAGGCUAAUUUGGGACGACACUUUACGCAUAUGCAUUUGAAGCACUUUUCAGAGAGUCAUUUGAUCUGACAGACUUCUGUUACUCUCGACCAUUGUAAAUGAAGACAUCUCAUGUUACCAAGACUGCUUUAUGUAUGGAUGAAUUACCUGCUGUGUAUGAAUGUUGAUAUUGUGGUGAAUUACUUUCUUUUCUUUUGAAGAAUAACAAGUGCAACUUCUUUUACUGUGACUAUAAAGGCUUAAAUACUGGUGCAUGAGACUUAAGAAUAUGAAAAGUACACAGAUAAACCACAAUUCAGAUUUUAUAGGGAAAAAAAGGUUAUUUCAAAAACUUUUGUUUGAGCUCAGGAAAAAUAUGACUUUUGUUUUAGACUUCCUAGACAAAAAUCCCAGAAAUAUUUUGUUAUCCAUGCAAAUAACUAGAGAUACCCAAACUGUGUUCAAACCAGAGCGUGUGUAUUUUGGUAUGAUAUCGCUUUUUUCAUGUGGUGAUGAAAUAUACAUAAUGAGCAUCGUCCAUAUGUGUUGAAGUUGUUUAUGUGAAACUUUGAUUUCAUUACUUUGUGUUUUUUAUGUAUCUUUUUUGUGUUGUGACUAGCUCUUCUGUUCUUUAUUAGACUAGUCUCUGUUUUUUGCAUACCAACAUGAAACUUUAUAGAUAUGUUGUUCAUUUUAUGUGUAUGUGCAAGACAUUAUAUUCUUGUAUGUAGCAAUAGUCUUUAAGAAGUCAUAAGCCUUUUAAUUUUGUCAAAAUUUUGAUAAUAACAUCAUUGUGUAUUUGUGCUGUGUGUCUCGAAUAUUGUCUCUAAGUUUUCUGUGUUUCAUCAUGAAACUAUAUAUAUUUUGUUUCUGCCAUGUUGAAGUGCAAGAGAUUUACCAUUAUGUGGCACUAUUCUUGGCAGAGUAAUGUACCCUUGAAGUUAAUUCAAUUUACAAUGUGUACAUCAUAUUGUUUUUUGUCUCUUAGUUUUCUGUUUAUUAAAAGGAACUUGAUAGAUAUGCCAAUACUUUGUGAAAAGGUGAGACUUUUUUCUAGUAAGUCGCGACAUUCUUGCAGAGUUAUAUGCUCUUUAAACAAGGCAAAUUUUGGAUGCUCACAUAAUUGAAGUUGUAUACAUUGUAUUGUGAACUUGUGGGUCAGUUUUCUGUGUAUCAACAUGAAACAUAUAUUGUAGAGUGAGAAAGAUUGUCUUUGUGUAUGUCACUCUUCUUGCUGCAGAUGCAGAGCUAUGUACCCAUAAACAUCGGCAAUUGAUUCAAUAAAUUGAAGUGUACCUUUU